AUGGCAUCUCUAGCGGACGGUCAACAGACGCAUGGCGAGAAGGCCGAACAUAAGCACGACAAGGACGAAAAAGCGAAUGAAGAGAAAUCUGAAGCUAUUAAGGUGGAUGCUGAAUUAACUCCAAGCAUUACUCUCGACGAACAUGAGAAUCCAAAGAAUUGGACACUGGCCCGAAAAUGGAAGGCUGUAUUUGCUAUAUCAUCCUUCGUUCUCAUGAGUCCGCUUUCUUCUACCAUAGUUGCACCCGGCCUUGAGAUCAUAUCGACAGACCUCAACAUUACGACACCUGCCGAACAAACAAUGGUUGUAUCCAUUUUCGUUCUAGGUUUUGCCUUUGGCCCGUUGAUCGCAAGUCCUCUGUCGGAGAUAUAUGGCCGAGUACGUGUCGUCCAGAGCUGGAACCUCCUUUAUCUAAUUUUCAAUACUGGCUGCGGUGCUGCGAAUUCGAAAGAAACCCUAUUGGUCCUGAGAUUUAUUUCGGGGUUUUUUGGAAGCGCUACUCUUGGGAUUGGAGGUGGCACACUUAGUGAUCUUUUUACCGCAGAUGAUCGUGGUAAAGCGGUAGCGAUAUACAGCCUUGCUCCUCUUGUCGGCCCUGUCCUUGGACCCAUAAUGGGCGGACUGAUUGCUCAACACGCACACUGGUCCUGGGUAUUCUACUCAGCUUCAAUACUGGAUGCUGUGGUUCAGCUUCUAGGCAUCUUGUUCCUAGAAGAAACUUAUGCCCCUGUCCUCCUGAGAAGAAAACAGGCACGACUGCAAAUAACACCGGCCGUAACAAUGGUACAGGCUAUACGACAGGUCAGAGACCGGCUUUCUGCUAACCUAGGAAGAGCAAUUCGCCUUCUUCUCACUCAACCCAUCGUUCAAGUUUUAGCUCUGUACAACGCCUUCCUCUAUGGAAUUAUAUUUAUCCUUUAUGCUACGUUUCCUGAAUUAUGGACUGAAAUAUACCACCAAAGCACGAGCAUAGCUGGUCUGCAUUACAUAUCGAUGGCUGUCGGUACGGCCUUCGCAAGUGAAGUCUGCACUCACAUCAACGACAGGAUCUUUGCCUCCCUCAAGAAGAAAAAUGGCGGGACAACUAAGCCAGAAUUCCGCAUUCCAAUCAUGGCGCCAGCUACGGUCCUGCUUAGUGUUGGAUUGUUCUGGUACGGCUGGAGUGCUCAGAAAAAAUUGCAUUGGAUAAUGCCCGAUAUUGGAAGUGCAUUCUUCAUGGCUGGGGCUGUCGUUUGUGGUAUUUGUGUGAAUGCUUAUAUUAUCGACACCUAUGGAAAAUACUCUGCGAGUGCUCUUGCAGCCGUUGCGAUCCUGCGAUCCUUAGCCGCGUUCGCUUUUCCACUUUUUGCACCCUACGUAUAUAUCGCUCUAGGUUACGGGUGGACAGGCAGCCUGCUUGGAUUCUGUGGACUCGGAAUUGGAUUGCCUGCGGUGUUGCUGCUAUGGAAAUUUGGGAAGGCUCUUCGACGCCAAAGCCCGUUUGCAGCCAAUAAAGAAGAUGAUUAG